AUGGCAUUCGAUAUUCAGCUAUUCUUAGGGCUCCCGGUGGAUAUCAGGAAAGCAAUCUACAGACGGUUGGAUAACAGGUUUACUUGUUUAGACCCCACCGAUAUCAAUGGCGUGAACAUCCAAUGGGGGUUGAACCGUAGUGCCCAAAAAAGGGACUGGGGCCUUCAAGAGAUACCGUUCAGGCCAUACGUGGACCAUUACAACUAUAUUCCGAACUUUGUGCUGCUAUGGCGGCAGUACAUGCCAUGGCUGCGAUACGACAGCGUGGUGCUGGACUACUUGAGGAUUAACCAGCUGUAUGACGGCGGACUGGCGAGUUUACAUUGGAUACUAAUCGGCCCGGACCCUUGCAUUGCGAUAUUUGACAACGAUGACGACGUGUUGCAGGUGUGGUUCAGCCUCGCAGAGUUCCGCAGCUGGAUACUCGGAGCCCUCCAGCACCCAGAAACUGCAUACUGCGGGGAGAUCGAUGUUGUUGGGAACGCCAGCCGGAUGUAUGGUGCUCUAAAGAUUGAUACGGGGGUAGUAUUAGAUAUCCAGCAGCUUUUUGGCCGGCUCAAUACCACGGGGCACCUGGAUACGGUGGGCGAAGUAGUUUUGACGCAAGAGGAAUUUCUUUCGCAGGGAGAGAUUGGAAAGCACAUCAACUACUCGGUGUCACAGCUGGACUCACUGCGAUAUCUGCGGACUCUGAAAAUAAGAUCUGAUUUAUUGUUCCACAAAUUCGUUAACCUCAGGGGCGCGCGGGACAACCCUGGCCAUACGAUCGGAUACAAUGUGCGCAAGCGGCUACGGCAAUUGCAUUUGGUCGGCUUGCGUGAUGAAAUUGCUGUGUGCGACCUGUCCAAAUGGGAUAGCUGCGUUGCCGUCAAAAUUGAAAACUUCUCUGGCUCUCUAGAUCUAGACGGAGUUAUUAUGCCGCGGCACCUCCAGCGACUGAUACUCAAGAAUGUGCGCUCCGUGCGGUGGUGGAGGUUCCGAGAGAUCCACGAAAUUACGCUAGAUCCUAAUACGUUUACCAAGAAACAGGGCUUUGUGGGAACUAUACACGGGCCAGAUCAGGAUCGGGUGGAAGUGCGGCAGAUAAACAGGGCUGUCAUGAGUCAGGACACAUACUUCCACUUUGAUAGUCUUUUGAGGGCCAGGUUCCAGAACCUCAACUACAUCAGUCUGCACAACGUUUCCGAGGAAAUUACUGGCAUCAUAGUGCCUCACCGACUGUAUUGCAAUGGCCGCAUCAGCAUUGCAGGCUGCGUCGUGAAGGGGGUUGUAGUGAUCUAA